GGGGAGACAGAAAGGUCACGGAACAGUUGCAUGGUGGGUAAACACGUGCAGCAGCAGACCUGAGAACAGCCGGUGACCAUGUCGUCCAGAAAGCACCGGGACGGCGAUGAGCGCUUCCUCCGGGUGCAGAAGGAUCCGCGCUUCUGGGAAAUGCCGGAGAGAGAACGCAAAGUCACGAUCGACAAGCGUUUCCAGUCCAUGUUUCAUGACAAGCGCUUCAAGGUGAAGUACACCGUGGACAAACGAGGCCGUCCCAUCAACCACACGUCCACAGACGACCUGAGGCGUUUCUACAAACUGUCAGACUCCGAGGACGAAGAGGAUGGAGAGGAUGAAGAGGACUCAAAGAGAAAGAAGAAGAGGGAAGAGAAGAAAGGAAAGGCAGUGCGGAGCGGAGGAGAGCAGCCUGAACCAGGAGUCACAGGUGAAGAUGAUGAAGACGAGGAGGAGGAGCCAAGUGAGGAGGAGGAGGAGGAUGUCGACCGGGGAGACAGCGUCACAGACGGCAGUGAGGAGGAGGAUGAUGAUGAUGAUGCAGAGAAAGAGAGCGAUGUCGGAAGCGGAUCGGAGGAGGAGGAGUCCGGUCUGGAUUCAGAGGAGGACAGCGACAGCGGGCCGGAUCUGGCCAGAGGGAAGGGCAACGUAGAGACCAGCUCGGACGACGACGAUGAUGACGACGACGUGGACGCCUUCCUGAGGAAAGAGGAAGAGGAAAUCGAACACGACUGGGGAGAGCUGUGCAAAGACGCUCCGCAGAGUGACGAGGUGUCCGCUCGACUCGCCGUCUGCAACAUGGACUGGGACCGCAUGAAGGCCAGAGACCUGCUGGCUCUGUUCAACUCCUUCACACCUAAAGGAGGAGCUGUGCUGUCUGUCAGGAUUUACCCGUCAGAGUUUGGGAAGGAGAGGCUGAAGUUGGAGGAGACUCAGGGACCGAUGGAGCUGAAGGCACUGCCGGAGGACUCUGAGGACGACACUGAGGAGGAGAGAGUUUACAGGGAGAAGAUGCGUGACUAUCAGUUCAAACGUCUCAAGUAUUACUACGCUGUGGUGGAGUGUGACUCCGCCCACACGGCCACCAAGAUCUACGAGGAGUGUGACGGCUACGAGUACGAGAGCAGCUGCUCCGUCCUCGACCUACGGUUCAUUCCUGAUGAUGUCACGUUUACCGAGGAGCCCAGAGACGUAGCAACGGACGUGAACCUGUCGGCCUACACGCCCAAACUGUUCACCUCGUCUGCCGCCGCCACCUCGAAGGUGCAGCUGACGUGGGACGAGACGGACCACGAGCGGGUGACGGCCCUGAACAGGAAGUUCAAUAAGGACGAGCUGCUGGAAAUGGACUUUAAUGCCUACCUGGCCUCCUCCAGCGAAGAGGAGGAGGAAGAUGAAGAUGGAGGGGUGGGGUUUGGAGAGUGGGAGAGCAGAGACGAUGAAGGCCCAGCAGAGGCUGAACAGACAGAAAAGCCUGUCGUGGAGGAGAAACCCCAGAGGGAAGAAGAGAAGAAGAAGAAAAAGAAAAGUGAGGCACAGAUCUCCAAGUACAGAGAGCUGCUGAAAGCUGUGCAGGACAAAGAGAAGCAGCUGGAGGGAGACAAAGACAUGGAGAUGGAGAUUACCUGGGUGCCAGGACUGAAGGAGACGACGGAGCAGCUGGUGAAGAAGAAGCUGGAGGGCAAAGACAAGCUGACGCCCUGGGAGGAGUUCCUGCAGAAGAAGAAAGAGAAGAAGAAGCAGAAGAAAUCUGAAAGGAAACAGGGGACAGCAGGCGAGGACGAGCUCAGCGAUGAUGAACUUCCUCCAGAUGUUGACCUCGGUGACCCCUUCUUCGCAGAGGAGCUCGGUGCCACAGAUCUGAACAGGAAACAGAAGGGAAAGAAGAAGAAGAAGCAGCAGGAGGAGGAGGAGCGGACGGCUGAGGAGGAAGAGGAGCUGGAGAAACACAAGGCUGAGAUGGCUCUGCUGAUGGAGGACGAUGCCGCCGACGCCAAACACAAACACUUUAACUACGACAAGAUCGUGGAGCAUCAGAACCUGAGCAAGAAGAAGAGGAAGAAGCUGCUGAAGAGCGGCGAGCAGCCGCCGGAGGACGACGACUUCCAGGUGGACGUUAAAGACCCUCGCUUCCAGGCCCUGUUCACCUCCCACCUGUUCAACCUGGACCCGUCCCACCCCAGCUACAAGAAGACUAAAGCCACUCAGAGCCUCCUCGCCGAGAAGCAGCGCAGACGAGAGGAGGAGCAGCGGCACAAGGCGGGCGUCCUCAGCACUCAGAGGACCGCGCCCACGCAGGCGGAGUCCACCGCCGGUGAACAGGAAGUGGUGGAGAAGAAACAGGAAAAUGACUCUGAUGCUCCAAAGUCGAUGGACCCCAGUCUGUCUCUGCUCGUCAAGUCCAUCAAAAGCAAAACGGAGCAGUUUCAGGCUCGGAAGAAACAGAAGCUCGUGUAGGUUUGACUGAAAACGGUCCUGAGGACUCGGACUCCACAGGUCGGCGUCUCCUGACGACACGGGAUCAGCUUCCUGUGUUUGACGCUCCGUCUGUCCGCAGCAGGAAUUCAACAUGGACCGAGGAACGUUUGAGUGAAAGUGAAUCCUGCGUCUGUGCUGAAAUGUUUUAUU